AUGGAAUCAAUUGAAGCGGCGGCACGAGAUUAUCGUGAAACGUUGGCAGAGUUGAAAAACAACAACAAAACGCAGAUCAACCUGCUCACAAUUCUAGCCGAUGACUUCAAAGAUGCAUCUGCACAAAUUGUUGAUGUGAUUGAGAUGCAUUUGAAUACAUGUUCUCCAUCACAAAAGCUACCAGUGAUGUAUGUCUGCGAUUCGAUUUUGAAAAAUGUCGGAAAACCCAAUGAUUAUGAUACGCUAUUCGCCCGGAAAAUCAUAAACAUGUUCGAGCAUGUCUUCCGACAGGGAAGCGAGGCAACUCGAGCAGCUUUAUACAAACUUCGCGUCACCUGGGGCUCUACUGGAUUGUUUCUUCCGUCAAAGCUGUACGGUCUGGAUAUAAAGAUCAAUAAGCUCGACAGUGCGUGGCCUAUUUCGAAUCCAAACACCGGUCGGGCACUUCGUCAUGAUGCACAAGUUAUGACAUCUCAGAACAGACCCCCAUCAGCUCUGACCAAUAGUGCUCCUAAUCCACCCACUCGUGUUUUUGUGAAUCCGAAAUUCAUCGAUGCUAACGGACCCGCUAACUCUACCGCGAAAAAGAUUGUGGAGAAAACGAAGUCAACAACGAGCACGCCAGUCAAAGAAAAGCAGAUCAAGAAAGAGCCGAAACAAGAUCCUCUCGACAAACUUCUUCCAUCAACAUCAUCUGGGUCUGCAAAAAGUUCAGUUUCAUCUCCAGCAGGAUCGAAAAGAAAAUCAACUCCAAUUGAGCAUCCCCAUGCUCCAAAUCGCAAGAAGAACCAACCAGUUCAAUCCCUGGACGAAGAUUUAAGAACUAUAAACUUGACCAACAACAAAGUUGCACAACCGCAGGAUCAAGACUUCAGACCAAAAACCUUGAAACCAACAUCCGUGGUAGGGUCACAUGCUUUCGCUGCUGGAACUGUCCCUCCACCCGUACCGAUUACCCAACCACUCGCUGCUAAUCAUUUCAUUCCACUACCACCUACUCCAGGGCCUGUUACUCCAUUCCACCAUAUUCCACAGCAACUUCCACCUCAACCACCAGUACAAACAGCUCGUAUGGGAGGACAAUUCAUUCACAAUUCUCCACCACAAGAUCCGGCCCCAAUGGCACCGCCAAUGCAGGUUGUUCCACCACCACAUCAUCAGCAGCAAGCACAGCAGAAAAACGUCUAUGCAUCAGAGCAGACAAAACUUGAUGUUCCUGCGAAUAACCGCAUAUUUGUUGAUGGAAAAGCAUACGAAGUUAUGUUUGUUGAUGAUACCGCAGUUAUCGAACGUGCUGGUGCUCCACAUCGAAUCUAUUUCGCUGGUACACCACGUAACUUAAUUAUUGAUGGAACUCCUCACUUGAUUCCGUUCGAUAAACCAGUUCAAGUGGAUAUUCUUGGAGCGAAACAUGUUGUGAAAUUCGGAGCUCCAUCUCGGGAAUUGUAUAUUGGCGGGCAUCCAUUUAAAGGUCAAUUCGGAGGACCACCAAUUAUUGCAACAAUUAAUGGGCGUCGUCACGAAAUCCGUUUGACGGGAAGUGCUCCAGAAGUACGUAUUGAGCCAGAACCUGCUUACCAUCUCACGCAUUUCUUACACAAGAUGCGAGAAGAGAAAAAGAUUGAAAUCGCAUCGGAAAAACCUGAGAAGAAGGAGGACUGGUUGUCGUAUCUCAAAAAUCUUCAGAAAUCUGGAAUUUUGCCACCAGUGAAGUCUGAAACAUCGUCUAAUCAUCAACCGCAACCAGCAGUCAAUCAGUCAAAGUCUGGACCAAUCAACGGAGGACAUAGAGGAGGUCGGCAGAAUCGUAAUCAACCACUAUCUCGAUGGGGAGGUCCGACGAUGCCAGCACCUACCCAGAAUCUUGAUCCAACUCCAAUUGGAAUAGGUAUAGAGAAGCGAAAUGCUCCGCCAGCUGCUAUAACGGACUUCAACAUCAGACUCUUGCAAAUUCGUUAUGAUUCUGUUGUUGAAUCAUUGAUGACGAAACGAGCAGAUGCUUGUAAAUACUGUGGAAUGCGUUUAGACGAUUCUCAAGGAAAAUCAAAAGAAUGGCAAGAUCAUAUGGAUUGGCACGUUAAGCAAAAUUUGGCUCGUCAUGGAUCUAAUACGUCAUCAGCUGAAAUUCCAUACCGCCAGUGGUAUCCAUCUUCAUCAACGUGGCUCACUUCACGUGCAUCUGAUCAAUCAAACGAACAAGAUGCAGAAAAAUCAGACGAACCACUACCAGGAGUCGCUUCUUCUGGAGUGAAGACGAAAGAGUGUUCAGUUUGUGGUGAGAAGUUUGAUGAAUACUUUGAUGAUGAUGAGGAGACGUGGCGAUUAAGAGAUACUGUUAACAUUAAUGGAAGGAUUGUACAUUCUGCUUGCGCGUCAGAUGCGACUCAAUCGUUGGAAAACACGAUAUAUCUCAAUGAUAGUGAUGUUAAAAAGGAAGAACCAUACGAUGAAGAUGGAAAUUGA